ACAGCAAGCACGCCCACGCCACGACGAUCUGCCGUACUACGCAGUUUCUGUGCGCUCGUCUCUCGGUAAGGUCGUCCUUCUGAAGACAAAGCUGUGUUGUGGCCUUUUGGGGGGCAUCGGAGAUUGGUAAGGGCCGACGCUGGGAGAUUCAAAAGCAGAGCGAGAGGGGAGAAAUGGGGGGCACUAUCUCCACGCUGGUCUUCCAGCCCCCGCCGGCGACCUUUCUGCACAACAAGAAGCACUUCUGGUUGCAGACGCGGAAUCAGCACCGUAUUCCUGUGUUCCAUGUCGAACGAAGCUCGCAGAUUACGAUUUUAUUUAGCCACGGGAACGCUGAAGACCUCGGCUUGAUCUACGAGUGGUUCUACGACUUCAGCCGACAACUGAAUGUGAACGUGUUAGCGUACGAGUACUCGGGGUACGGGAAGAGCGAGGGGGCCGUGUCUGAGGACAACUGCUACGCCGACAUCCGCGCCGCGUACGACUACCUGACCACGCAGAAGAAGACGCCUCCAAAGCAGAUCGUGCUGUACGGGCGGUCGCUGGGGAGCGGCCCGACGUGCCAGCUGGCGGAGGAGCUGGCCGCGGCCGGCGUGGAGUUGGGGGGCGUGAUGCUACAGAGCCCCCUGGCCUCCGCCUUUCGAGUCGCGUUCAACUUCCGCUUCACGAUGCCAGGGGACAUGUUUCCCAACAUCGACAGGGUCAAGGGGGUGGCGUGCCCGAUGUUCAUCAUCCACGGGACUAGGGAUGAGGUAGUACCGUUCUGGCACGGCCAAGAACUGUUCCUCGCAACGCCGACGAAGUGGCGGGCAAAACCCUUCUGGGUCGACGGCGCGGGGCACAACAACAUCGAGGCGUUGCUGAGGGAGGACGGGACGCUGUUCGAGCGGAUGAACGAUUUUCUGGACAAGUGGGUCAGGAACGACCUCUCUGCCGACUUCAGCAGCGCCAGCUAAUAGUAUGCGUAGGUCUCCGAAGGCUGCACUGCACAGCUGUCAAGGCUGCACUGCACGGCUGUCAAGCCAAGGGGAAACUUGAGACCCUCAUUGGGGAACCGACGCUCGUAGAGCCAACACUUUCGGGUGUAGAAACGCUAGCUAGAGUCAAGCUGGCGAAGGCUAAUUUUAAUCGAUGCAGAACCUAUGGCAUCUGGGUUGGGUGUCGGGUGGUGAGCGUGCGGUACUGUCAACGGGGCUUGUUUUGGAGUUUGGGCCGGUGGGCAUGGGCGAGGAAAACGGCGAAAGGGGGACAAAAGUAACCAAAUUGCGUAUGUACAUUACUCAAUAAGGCAGGGAUUCGUAAUUUUUUUUUGUGUGAAGGGACCGGAAGCGUCUGGACGCGCGGCGCGACUAUGCAAACGAAUUUUUGAGGCACACUUUCGUUCGGGCGGCCUCCGACGGCUGGGUCUGCACGCCGCUCCCAGGUGGAAAUAUUUGGAACGGUUGCGUGCGUUGUGCCGCACCGCGCUGGGUGUUAUUUUAAGAUCGUCAUUUUUAGGAAUAGGCGUUAUGCUGGUGCUACUGCUACCGGUUGUGUGUUUCUUGUUCUUGUUGGUGGUCUCUCAAUAUACUUGGCAUUGCGGACGGAUACGUGUCGGAACGGUUCAUGAGCGAGAAAAUAUCAGAUGGAACGCGAAGGAGAGCGAACGCGUGUGGCAGGGUGGCUGGCGACGAGAAAGGUUGUAGAUAAUUUGCCGCACAGGGGUGGGGGAUAUUUGCACUCGGGGCGGUCAGCAUACGAAAUACACACGUUGAGUGGUGGGAGCGUGUUCUGUGUUUUUUUACAACAGUUGGGGGGCUGAAACUAGUUUAGAUUAGAUUAUUUAAUCUUCUCAUCAUGCAGGGGCGCAGCUAAAGUGAAGCGCUGGCGAGGUAUGCAUGCUGUCCAAUCCCCACAAUCAGUGGUUGGUUCCAAGAUGUGGAAGAAAGCUCCCACGCCCUUGACGAGGUUUUCAAUCGUGUGUGUACCGUAUUCCGUCGCCGUCGUUCUUGGUGUAUGUACUACUGUAGUGCGUUUGUCGAAGGUGUCGACACGUUCAUAAUGUUACCAAUGGCUUCGUUUUCAAACAAGGUCCUAUCUUUGUGCUCUCAUGCAUGUGACAGCAGUGUUCAGGGGAAACAACAGAGUUGACACAUUGUCGACCAGGGGUCGCGCAGAGCAGAGAGAUUCGGACUUUACACAGCUGACCGGGAAAAUCUUACGUGCUACGUAGUCUUUUGUCUACACCAAAGUUUGAGCACGAAAGGCAUGUGCGGUCAGCGUUUGAAGUUCUGAAGUAGGAUUCGAAGCGAGGCCAUCACCAU